GAGGUGGUCAGCGCGGGGAGCUGACUGGCAUCUUAGAACUAUGACCGAGGCUGACGGGCUGCGGCAGCGCCGGCCCCUGCGGCCGCAGGUGGUCACGGACGACAACCGGACACCGGAGGCCAAGGGCGGCAGCUCCUUCAGCGGCAGAGUGUUCCGAGCCACCUUCCUCAUGCUGGCAGCCUUCCUCACUAUCCCCCUGCUCGGCGCCCUGGUGCUGCUGGACUCGCCUAUAGACCCGGAGCCUCUCAGCUUCAAAGAGCCCCCUCUCUUCCUUGGUGUGCUGCAACCAAAUACGAAGUUACAACAGGCGGAAAAGCUAUUUGAAAAUCAGCUUGUUGGGCCAGAAUCCAUAGCAAAUAUUGGGGAUGUGAUGUUCACGGGUACAGCAGAUGGCCGAGUUGUAAAGCUUGAAAAUGGUGAAGUAGAGACCGUUGCUCGAUUUGGCUCAGGCCCGUGCAAAACCCGAGAUGACGAGCCUGCUUGUGGGAGACCCCUAGGCAUCCGGGCUGGGCCCAAUGGGACCCUUUUUGUGGUUGAUGCGUACAAAGGGCUGUUUGAAGUAAAUCCCUGGAAACGUGAAGUAAAACUGCUGCUGUCCUCCGAGACCCCCAUUGAGGGGAGGAAAAUGUCCUUCUUGAACGAUCUUACAGUAACUCGGGACGGGAGGAAGGUUUACUUUACGGAUUCUAGCAGCAAAUGGCAAAGACGAGAUUAUCUGUUCCUGUUGAUGGAGGGGACGGAUGAUGGGCGCCUGCUGGAGUAUGACACCCAAACCAAGGAGGUGAAGGUUUUGCUGGACCACUUGCGGUUCCCCAAUGGGGUGCAGCUGUCUCCUGCGGAGGACUUUGUCCUGGUGGCGGAGUUGGCCAUGGUGAGGAUCAGAAGGUUCUACGUGUCUGGCCUGAUGAAGGGAGGGGCUGACGUGUUUGUGGAGAGUCUGCCUGGCUUCCCGGACAACAUCCGAGCCAGCAGCUCCGGGGGGUACUGGGUCAGCAUGGCGGCCAUCCGUGCCAAUCCCGGCUUCUCCAUGUUGGAUUUCUUAUCCGAGAGGCCUUUUCUUAAAAAAGUGAUUUUUAAGCUAUUCAGCCAAGAGACAGUGAUGAAAUUCGUACCGCGGUACAGCCUUGUCCUGGAGCUCAGUGAUAGCGGGGCCUUCCGGAGGAGUCUGCACGACCCCGAAGGGCAGGUGGUCACCUACGUGAGUGAGGCACAUGAACACAAUGGGCACCUCUACCUGGGCUCCUUCAGGGCCCCCUACCUGUGCAGACUCCGCCUGUAGUCUGCUUAGGCCUGCUGUCACCCUCUGCCCAUUGUCACCUGGAGCCCGCUGUUACCUGGAGCCUGUUGUCACCCCAUGUGCCACCCCUGGGCCUGGAGGCACAUGGAUGCCCUUCCCCCGACGCCCGCUGGUCCUGGAGGUGUGGUGCAGUCCCAGAACACCCUCACCUGGGCUAGGCCUUGAAUUUGCCGAGGGGAAGAUGAGUCCUUGUAAAGCCAUUUUCUCUUAAAAACCUCCCCAAGCAUGGUGAUUGUCUCUGGGACCUGGGGACUUGGUGUACUCUGGUGGGGAUGGAUUUGUGGGUGAGCAGCUGAGGUCUUGACCCUGCUGCUGGCUGUGUCUCACCAGCCUUGGUGUCUGCUGUUAAGCAGGUGAUACCUGCCUUUGGGGGAGGGACCCCAGGAGGGUGAGUAGAGCUCAGAACAAAUGUGUGUGAGAACUCAAGAUGGGCUGUGUGGGCGAAGACUCUUCCCCAGAGUCAUAAGGGGCUGGGCCUCAGCCCUGGGCGUCCCUCCUGUGGCUCCCACCCUCUUCCCCCGCCCAGGCCCUCCCUCCUUCCCUCGCUGGGCCCCCGCCAGUGUUCUGAAGGCAAGGACCUGGAUGUGUGUGGUGGAGGAAGAACGUGUUGAUUCUAGCCGCUCAGAGGACUAGCCAGCUUCUCUGUGUACAGCCUGCUGUACAAAUCACAGGAUGGGGAUGGAAGGUGGGCGCUGGGUACCAGGAGUCCUGUUCACAGCUGGUUCCUCGUCCCCAGACCCGAGUGUGAACAGUGCACGUGCUGGGGUCGCUUCUGCUCCGGUGUCACAAGCCUGACGGAUGUGUCCACACGUGGUCCUGGUGGUGGGCGACCCUUGUGGAUUGACCUGUGCAUGGUGUUGCCCGGGACUUUGUUCCCUGCUUUGAUUGGCUCCAACAGUGAGUGAGGUCUGUUUUUCUGUGUGUCGUGAGGGCUGUUCUGCUGGGAUCGUGCUUGCCUUUGCUUGGUGCCUCCCCCAUGGCCUCCCACACUGACGCAGUCCACAUGACACCGCUGUCCUGCCAGGUAGGGCUGAUGUCUGCUCCUCCCUUUCCUGGCAUUUGUGAGAACACAUCAGGGAUUGUGUGUCUGGAGUUGUCUUUGUGAGUUGGAAAGAUGGUAUUUUGAAUAGAUGACAACAGUGAAUGUCAAGGAGGGCCGACGGCAGUGGUGAAACCUGAACCCUUAGUGCCGUGUGCUGACUCAGGCCCCCCCCCCCACCCCAUUUUAGGGGAGAACAGUCAGUCUGACGGGGGCCUGUCCCGGUCAUCUUCUGCUGAGGGCCAGCUCCCCACACAGCUGUGCAGAGCAGUCAGCCUGGCCGCGUGGCAGUGACCCGUGUCCUGUCAGGUGAUGUAACCUCACGGGAAAUGGUGUUUAAUAGGCAACAGUGCACCCGUGUAUGACGUCUGCGGGAACAGUCGGGUAAAACCUGACCAUUCUGCCAUGAAAACACAGCUCAAGCGCACUGACCCUGAACGUUUCUUGGUUGGGAGCCGGGAGCCGAGGGCUGCGCUGUCAGUGCAGGGGAGCUGGUAGCUUUUCACAGUUUUCAGCAAAGGUGUCUUUUUUUUUUCCUGACUCAGGUGUUGCUUCUCUGUCUCAAAGUGUCAUUUCCUGUGUUCUUUGUGGUUGUUUGCCAUGGUAAGGUGUCAAGUGUAGCUUCAUUAGUCUUAAAUAUACGAUAGACUUGUUGUAAAUAUAAAAUGGAUUUGUUGUAGUGUGAACUGGUGACAUGGUCUUAAAAUUAAAGCGAAUGA